GCUCGACUGGGCGCUGUGGAUUGCCGCCGACAAGGAUCUGACGGAUACCCUGUCGUCCACCGCCAUCAUGUUCUUUAUCAAAGAACUGACCCACACAAUUCUCCUACAUCCGUCUUAUUUCGGCCCUCGAAUGCUCAACUUCCUUGAAUCAAAACUAUACUCGGAUGUCGAGGGAACAUGUUCAGGUCAAUUCGGAUAUAUCAUCGCAGUUGUCUCGAUAUUAGACAUUGGGAAAGGGAUGGUUCUAAGCGGGAGUGGUCAAGCCGAAUUCAUAACAAGGUAUCGUGCUAUUGUGUUCAAGCCAUUUAAGGGAGAAGUCGUGGAUGGUGUCGUGAAUAAUGUUACAAAAAUGGGCUUCUUUGCUGACGUCGGACCUUUAAAUGUAUUCGUAUCGCAUCAACUGAUACAUCCUGAUAUGAAGUUCGACCCGAACUCGAAUCCACCAUCGUUUGCUUCUGAAGAGCAGAUUAUAGAAAAGAACACGAAGGUAAGACUGAAGAUUGUGGGCACGCGUGUGGACGCCACGGAGAUCUUUGCUAUCGGGACUAUCAAGGAAGAUCACCUGGGUGUUAUUGAGUAAGGAUGCUUCAGAUUUUGCCACAUUGACAGAGGCUACUCAUACGUCGCGUAUUCUACUCGGUGUUUCUAAUAUCGAAAACAUUGUAUAUCAGUCUCAUCCGGAGGAGCC